AUGGCCGAUGGCAGGCAUCACCAUGGCCGGCGGGCGCCAACCACCGAUGCCUUCGAUGCUGCCCAACUCACCAACGCUUUCGAGCAACUGAUGCGCCACAAGAGAUUCGACCGUCUGGUAGAGAAGAAUCGGUCUCGUUCUCGCACGCAAUCCCCGUCGCCAUCGCCCUUUCGGUCGCAACCUUCUCAUCCCUCGCAAGCACCACCAACACCAACACAACAACCGCAAUCGCAACCCCCAUCGCCAUCACUUCGGAACCUCCCCGUCGUUCCUCACCCCCCGCAAGAUCAAAAUGGAAUAAAAUUUCGAAAUCUCCUGCACGUUCUGUCCGUGACGCCGACAAAGUACGAAAACCCUGGUCUCCUGGACGAAGCUCUUGCCAUGAUUCCCCUCGACAAGUUGUAUUCGGAAGCAGAUGAGGAGAGCCAAAUAAUCCAGGCGCAAGCACGAAGCCUCAGGAGAAAGCCUGAAUGGGGCUACCAGGACUGCGUCAUUAGGGCGUUACUAAGAUGGUUUAAGCGGUCUUUCUUCCAAUGGGUCAACAAUCCUCCCUGCUCGCGUUGCACAUUGCCCACGAUUGCACGCGGUAGAGCCCCUCCCACGCCGGAUGAGGCCGCCCGUGGUGCCACUCGAGUCGAAUUAUACCAAUGUGCAGACCAAAACUGUCUCGCCUACGAGCGAUUCCCACGGUACUCCGACGUAUGGCAAUUGCUACAAACUAGGCGAGGCCGCGUAGGGGAGUGGGCAAACUGCUUCAGCAUGUUCUGCCGAGCACUUGGUGGUCGCGUACGCUGGGUGUGGAAUUCGGAGGAUUACGUGUGGACGGAGGUCUAUUCCGAGCACCAGCGACGCUGGAUUCAUGUAGACGCAUGCGAGGAGACGUGGGAUCAGCCUCGCCUCUAUGCUGAAGGAUGGGGUCGCAAAAUGUCCUACUGUGUUGCGUUUUCCAUCGACGGCGCUACGGAUGUCACACGCCGAUAUGUUCGAGGCCCUGCUAAACACGGAGCGCCACGAGUGCGUGUCCCCGAAGAGGUUCUCGUGUGGGUUAUUCAGGAAAUCCGAAAAAUGCGUCGUGAAGGUCGAUCGAAGGAGGAGCAGCGACGAUUGUUCAAGGAAGAUGAGCGCGAAGAACGGGAACUGCGCAUGUACACCGUCUGCUCCCUCGCCGCCGAAUUGAACAACCUGGCACUUAACCCCUCAACCACCCGAUCGGACGACGUGAAGAGGCCACAACAGACAGUCGACACACCAGCGGCUUGGGCCAACAACCGUCAACGAUCAGGCCACUCCGGCCCAGAUGGAUCACAGGGCGACCGAUAA